AUGGCAGGUCGACGCAUAUCUGUUCGUGGUACAACUUAUCGGCUUGAAAACCAGAUUGGUCAUGGUCUUCACAGUCUCGUUUAUGCUAGUCGAGAUCCACGUACUGGCCGACCAGUAGCUAUAAAGAUAAUUAAUUUCCUUCAUGGAUCAUAUUCCGUGAAAGCUGAUACGGAAUCUCGACGACAAUCGUACUGGAAAGAACUUCAAAUGCUUUUAUACUUACAGCCUUUGAAUCCUUACAUAAUUCGAGUUUUGAAUCACGAUCACAACGAUCGGCAAGGUAUCAUUGUCAUGGAACGUGGUGAAACAUUGCGUGACACACUUAUCGAGCACGUUCUUGGUGGCAAACCAUUACCCGGCGCAACUGUACAUCUCUUUUGGACACAAAUGGUUGAAGCUAUCUACUACAUGCAUCAACUUGCCAUUGUCCACGGCGAUGUUAAACCAGAAAAUUUCAUUCAAGUUGGUGCGGAUGGAUCAGCACUGAGAUUAAUUGAUAUGGGUAUUAGUUUUCGAUUGCCACCGAAUGUGACUAGCCGUCUGAAGACAGCGGCUGGUACACCAGAUUAUGUCUCGCCAGAAAUGGUCAAUUCUCGUGUUGGUCUCAGCUCCAAGUCGAAAUGCGGCUAUAAGGCGGAUAUCUGGGCUCUCGGUGUGAUUCUCUUCGAAAUGGCGUUCGGUUAUCGUCCGUUGCAAUCUCUACGUAGUAACGAAGCAAAAUUGAACUUUCUGGGCAAACUACGUCGCGAUAUAUCAAUACCACCACAUCCUGAUAAACAGUUACGUGAUAUUUUGAAACGUUGUUUACGUUCCAAUCCUCGUCGUCGCCCGAAUGCUGAAGAAGUCUUUAAUCAUCCGUAUGUAAGCGGUAGACGUAAAUAA